AGCUGGAGGAGCAGUUGGCAACUGUUAAAAUGCAACAUUCCAUUCUGGCUAACAACUGCUCUCAGUUCAGUUCAACAGUUCAACCACAUGGAGAAGCAAAACUACAGCAAGUUCUCCUGUUUCUGGGAGACAGAGCCCGUAGGCUGUAGGAGGAUAAGCUGUGACUUCUUUCACAGAAAACCCCGUAAUAUAAAUGGACUUUAUUUGCCACCUAGUAACAAUGUGCCAUUGAAACAGGAUGUCCAAGGAGGCAUUCUACAUCCAGCCCAUCGUCAGGACUCACUCAGAAAUCAAGAGAAUGUUUUAGUACCAAUUCAUCCUCCACUGAUUAUAAACCUCAGUGAUGAAGAGGAUGAUGAAGAGGAUGAUGAAGAGGAUGAUGAUGAGGAAGACAACUAUGUUUCUAAUUGGAUGCCAAAGACUGUUUUAGAUAUUGAAGAGGAAAGAGCAAUAAGGGAUAUAUGCUAUAAGUCUGGAGAGUAUUAUGGGAUUCCGAACCCUUACAAACACCAAUCAUCAAAAACUGUGUUUUCACUGUGGCAAGAUGAGUUAUUACCCUUGGAAACUACUAAACAAAACUUGCAGAAAGGUGACGGUAACACAAUUCCUACAAGAUUUAAUAAUACAAGAAAAGAAAAAGAGAGUUCAGAAAGGAGAGUAUCAAUAGAGAGUGUUCCCAGAACAGAACAUAAAUCCUUUGACAAUGGAGAAACAAAACACACUGAACAGGUAAAGAACCACCACUGUAAGGAAGUAAAGGAAAAUAAAAGGAUUUCUGACGAGCGAAGAAAUUCAGCUAAUGUAGUAACUGGCGAAGGAAUUCACACUCUGGACUCCAAAGUAAAACCAACCUAUCAACAAAGGGGACCAAAUAAGAAUGAUGAAACUGUUUCUUCGAGUCCGUAUGGGAGAGAAUCUGAAAGAUACACUCAUUUAAAUUCUCCAGAACCUCGACGAUCAGCUUAUGUAGUCUACCGGACUGUCACUCAAAAACCGAAAUUCAAUGGAUCUACAGCAGUACCUGAGUCCUAUGGUCAGAAAGGCUCCAAGCAAAAGAAUCAGCCUGACACCAAUAGGAGAUUUUGGACACAAACAGAAAACUAUGGUAAAUAUACUUCAGGAUCUUCUAAUUCACCAGUUUGGAGGAAAAGAAAUCCACAAGCAAAACCGUUCUCUAAAUUUAAAAUUACCACUCAGCAGAGUAAAGAAGACAUGGAAGUGAAUAAAAAAGGAGAAAAAGAAACAUCUAAAGGGAAAUAAGGAAAUUAUCAACUGGAAUAUCCAAAGAUGAAGGAACUGCAAAUUCCAAAAAGAAGGUGCAGGAAGGAAGCACUC